UGGUGGGAAGAAGCCGAGAUGGCGGCAGCCAGCGCUGGGGCAACCCGGCUGCUCCUGCUCUUGCUGAUGGCGGUAGCAGCGCCCAGUCGAGCCCGGGGCAGCAGCUGCCGGGCCGGGACUGGUGCGCGAGGGGCUGGGGCGGAAGGUCGAGAGGGCGAGGCCUGUGGCACGGUGGGGCUGCUGCUGGAGCACUCAUUUGAGAUCGAUGACAGUGCCAACUUCCGGAAGCGGGGCUCACUGCUCUGGAACCAGCAGGAUGGUACCUUGUCCCUGUCACAGCGGCAGCUCAGCGAGGAGGAGCGGGGCCGACUCCGGGAUGUGGCAGCCCUGAAUGGCCUGUACCGGGUCCGGAUCCCAAGGCGACCCGGGGCCCUGGAUGGCCUGGAAGCUGGUGGCUACGUCUCCUCCUUUGUCCCUGCGUGCUCCCUGGUGGAGUCGCACCUGUCGGACCAGCUGACCCUGCACGUGGAUGUGGCCGGCAACGUGGUGGGCGUGUCGGUGGUGACGCAGCCCGGGGGCUGCCGGGGCCAUGAGGUGGAGGACGUGGACCUGGAGCUGUUCACCACCUCGGUGCAGCUGCAGCCGCCCACCACAGCCCCAGGCCCUGAGACAGCGGCCUUCAUUGAGCGCCUGGAGAUGGAACAGGCCCAGAAGGCCAAGAACCCCCAGGAGCAGAAGUCCUUCUUCGCCAAAUACUGGCACAUCAUCCUGGGGGGGGCCGUGUUGCUCACAGCCCUGCGUCCUGCUGCGCCAGGGCCCGCGCCACCGCCGCAGGAGGCCUGAUGGAUGUACAUCAUUCCCGUCGUCCUGUUCCUCAUGAUGUCAGGAGCGCCGGACACCGGGGGCCAGGGUGGGGGUGGGGGUGGUGGUGGUGGUGGGGGUAGUGGCCGGUGAGGGCCCAGGCUGGUCAGCGUCCCGUCUUGCACACCCAGGGGCCUCCCUUUCUGCUGGAGUCCCCUGUGUCCUCAGCCAUCCCAAGAAGGGUUUGCUGGUCCCUCCUUUCCCCCUGUCCCAUGAGGCCACCUGGGCCAGCCCCUCGUCCUCUGCCUUCUGCUGGCAGAGGAGCAGCUGGAUUGGGGCCUUUGGCACAGCAGCCGGUGUCUCCUGCGCCCGCCUCCCCCAUGGCCCCAUGCAGCCCCAGGGGCUUCCCCCCUGCCCAUGGAGUAGAGCCCGAGAUCCUGGCCACUAUGUCAGUUCUGACCUUGCAUCCCCCUACCCCGAGCCCAUGCAGUCUGGGAACAUGCCGCCUUCUCUCCAGCCUCUGUGCCUUUGUUCCAGGUGGUCUUACCCUCCUGUCCCUGGCUGGGCUAGGUGGUCCUGUCCGGGCUCCUGCAGCGCCCCCCUCACUUUGACACUGGACUAGGAUGCAGCCUCCCUUCUGUGUCCCCUUGAGAAUACCCUGGGUCCCCUCAUCAGGGGCAGAGGCAUGAAAGAGUCGGGGCUGGAUGGCCAGGGGCUUCUGGGCCCGACGCCUAGUGCAGCCCCUGGGGUCGUGGUUUGACAUUUGUCUGCCUGGUGCAAACAAGGAAUCCUUGCCUUUAGGGUGACAGGCCCUCCACAGGCUUCCAGACUUGAAGGAAAAGGUUUAAGAAAGAAAACAAAACCAACAGUUAGUGGAGUCAAAGCCCAGACACUGUAAAUAGAACCCCCUCCACCACCCCCCGCCGCCCAGCAUCCUACCUGGACUGCGGUGCUACGAGGGCCUGCGGGCCUUUGCUGUGUGCCACCCUCCCUGUAAGUCUAUUUAAAAACAUCGACGAUACAUUGAAAAGUGUGAACGUUUUGAAAAGCUACAGCUUCCAGCAGCCAAAAGCAACUGUUGUUUUGGCAAGACGGUCCUGAUGUACAAGCUUGAUUGAAAUUCACUGCUCACUUGAUACGUUAUUCAGAAACCCAAGGAAUGGCUGUCCCCAUCCUCAUGGCUGUGUGAAGCUCAGCUGUGUUGUGUGGCAGUUUAUUAAACUGUCCCCCAAAUCGACACGCAGCUAGCCUCCUGCAUUGUAUGGUUAUAAAUAGCACCCUAGUGAA